AUGGGUAAGAAGAGGAGUGUCUCUGACGAAGCAAAGACGUCAAGAAGUCAUGAGGUUGGAGUACUUGAUCAGACCACAAAAUGUCUCAACAAUGGCUUGCCUCCUCCUCACGACCCCCAAGAAAAUAGAGAUGAUCUGUACACUAAACUGUGGCAUGCAUGCGCCGGUCCUCUUGUUUAUGUACCGCGAGUUGGUGACAAGGUUUUCUACUUCCCUCAGGGUCACAUGGAACAGGUCGCGGCAUGCAUGAAUGAAGAUGGUAUGAUAGAAAUGCCCAUCUAUGAUUUACCUUACAAAAUCCUCUGCAAGGUCGUCCAUGUUGAACUUAAGGCUGAAGCUGGAACUGAUGAGGUGUUUGCCCACAUAACUUUGCUUCCAGUAUCAGAGGAAGAUGAGCUAAGCUCAAACAAGGAUGGAAAGUCCCUGUCCUCGCACAGAAAAACUUGUGCACGAUUCUUUACCAAGAAACUUACUCCAUCUGACACGAAAACACAUGGUGGAUUCUCUGUUCUAAAGCGACAUGCUGAAGAUUGUCUUCCACCUCUGGUUGGUAUCCUUACUAUGAUUUACUUAACAACUGCACACUGUACUCUUGAGUUUUGCUACCUUGUUGGUUUGGUUUCUCCAAUUGCGGUUAUCAAUAACAACAUGGACAUGUCUCAGCAACCCCCAAUGCAGGAACUUCUUGCCAAAGACUUGCAUGGGUCUGAAUGGCACUUUCGACAUAUUUAUAGGGGUCAACCAAAGAGGCAUUUACUGACUAGUGGUUGGAGCACAUUUGUGUCUUCAAAAAGGCUUGUUGCUGGGGAUUCAUUUAUCUUCCUUCGAGGUGAAUCCGGAGAACUCCGGGUUGGGGUGCGCCGGGCAAUGAAACUAGACAACAAUUUAUCAGCAAAUGUCAUAUCUGCCCAUAGUAUGCAACUUGGCAUUCUUUCCAGUGCUUCCCAUGCCAUUUCUACUGGAAGCAUGUUUACAAUCUACUUCCAUCCUUGGACAAGUCCUGCUGAGUUUAUCAUUCCAUAUGAUCGAUACAUCAAGUCAGCUGAAAUUGAUUACACUGUUGGGACAAGAUUCGGAAUGCUGUUUGAAGGAGAAGAAUGCGCAGAACAGAGGAUUGAAAGAUUUGAGGGCACCGUUGUUGGCACUGAAGAUGUUGAUUGCAUUCGGUGGCCCAACUCAGAAUGGAGGAUUCUCAAGGUAAAAUGGGAUGCUGCUUCGGAUGCAUUCGUGCGUCCAGAACGCGUUUCUCGAUGGAACAUCCAGCCAACAGAACCUGUAAGCAAGAAGCAUGCUUCUCCUUUACACCAACGAAAGAGGGCAUGUAUAGCUGAGAAAUUGCUGCCCAGGUUUCUUAUCUCGGUCAAGGAUGGCUUCUUGCAUAGUUCAGUUGAGUAUGCAAAUCAAAGCCUCUCUGAGGUCUUGCAAGGUCAAGAAGACAGGGACUCUGGUGCUAAUCAUUUCGGUGCAUUUAAACCGCCUACAGUACCACAUUUGAUAGCCCCUCCAAAUCCUGAUUGGAAUGGAAAAGAUAAUCAGGUGCAAUUUUGGAUGCACAGCCCAAUUUAUCAAUGUCCCAGCAAUACGGUAUCAUUUCCUGGUGGAAACAUAGCACGCCUGGGUAUUCCUAAUAGCUGGAGCUCCACACUUAGCUCUUAUGGAGUCCAUGAUAAUGCUGUUGGAAGCAGAAGUUUGUCGGUUCCAAAUGUGUCUCGCAAUUCUAGGUCUCAGGAAUGGACAGGUAUUGAACUGAAGCAUGCAAAUGAAGUCCCACUUGCUGCCCCGCACAGCGGUGGCAGCAGGUAUAUGCUUUUUGGUGUCAAUUUAGUAAGUAAUCCACCGGAGCUCCCUUCACCACAAGUUGCCAAUUCUGUUGUGCUUGAAAGUCACAAUUAUGUUCCCGUAACAUCUCAGUCGAGUGUUUCAGAGCCAUCUAAGAGCACAUCAGGAGUUAAUUCAGAAAUGCAGUGCAAGAACUGUUGCUCUGCUACUAUUCGGAGUAGCACAAAGGUGCUCAAAUAUGGAACUGUACUUGGAAGAUCUGUUGUUCUCACGCAAUUCGAUGGUUACAAUGAACUCAUUUGGGAGCUUGACCUGAUGUUCGACUUCCAAGGAAGUUUGAUCGAUGGUACCAGUGGGUGGUCUGUAGUGUACUCGGACCAUGAAGGGGACAUGAUGCGGAUUGAAGAAUGCCCAUGGCAGUUAAGUAUCAAAAGCUCUAAACAGCUUGAGUAG